AUGACUUCUAUCCAGGAAUUGGAACACUCGGCCGCAGUAGUGAUGGUAAGAUCUAAAAAUUUUCGUCUCUAUGACGCAAUGCCCAUUUGAAGACGUUCACAUGUGUUUUUCUUUAGGCGCCGCCAUCUUUGGUGACGCAAGAACAGCGCCAGUCCGCCGAACAAGUGUUCCUGAAUUUUAGAAGAUCUAAGUCACCUUAUGCAGCUUGCAGACAGAUCUUAGGUAAUAUGGAGCAAUGAAUGAAUACUUAAACCACUGAUUGAGUCACGGUGUGCUGUUGUGUGUCAGUGAGUCCUUUAUAGGAAUGCUAAUCGUUAAUUAUCCCGACUGGUGCAAUCGUUAAAAACCGAGGUUGGAAAACCAAUCGAUAAAUCGAUAAUUGUCGAUAAUCACUUUUUGAUUGAUAUCGAUUGUAUCAGUCAAUCGAUAGGAAUUGAUAGCAACAACUUUUGUCGUUGUCAGCACUAUCAAUUUUAUCGAUUUUAACAAUAUUUUCGAUUUCAUGAUCUUUCAUUAAGGUCUGGAAGGGGAGUCCUGAUCCCACAUUCCUGCAUCUUUUUCAUGACAAUCCCUCAUCCAUCGCUUUCCCGAAUCCCAUUUUUUGUUUCCAAAAUACGUGUAUUAAAAAGUCCAGUUGUUGCAAAACCCUAUAAAAUAUUAAUGUAAGAGGUAAAUUGGCCCUUCGAUUGAUAUUUUGAAUUUUACCUCAGUAUGACGAAGCAGAAGAAACGAAGAGAAGAGAGGAGGGUUUCUUCUGCUCUCUUUAAUUAAAAUGAUGGAUCUUCUGUUUGCUUGUCUGUUGAUUACUUGACAGCGUAGGUCAAAUUUUAUUAUAGUUUGCUUUGAUAGGAGACACCACUGAACAUUCAAUGACCAGCCAUUGUUUAGGGAAUAAGCAAUGGUUUUUCUUUAAGAAAAAUUGAGGGGAGCCUAUUUUUUUGAGCCUGUGAAAUCCUGGGUACCUAGCAUAGGAUUUCUACGAAAAAAAUUAGAAUUCCUAGUAGCCCAAGAGCAAAAGUAAGACAUCAAUGGCCACCAGGCUCUGCUAGAGCACAACUCUGAUGGGCCAGUUCUCCUCCCUGAAAAUAAAACAAUACAGUAUAAUUUUGGUCGCAGGUGUAAAUAUGUUUUGGGCCCGACUCAGACUCAAUUUAGCCCAAGCUGCUAGGCAAGGGUUAAAGACUUCAAAAAAUGACAGCAAGACAGUCUGAGUCAAAUCAUGCGAGCAUUAACAUGUUGAAAGGGUUUUAUUUUUGCCCAAAACUGGCUAGUUAAAAUAUUAAAAUAUUGUGCCAUUUGAGUUUUAAGAAUUAUAAUAGACGUGAAAGCCUGUUUGUAAGUCUUAAAAUUAAGUGUACAUGUGUGUACAAAUGUUAAAGUAACAGUUUGGUAUAAUUGGUUGAACCGAUUGCAUUUUACUUGAGGCCCCAAAACUUACAUGCACUUUGUCACCAACUAUGGAGGUACUGCCGGCAUUAUUUACAUCAGAAGCUUCUCUAACUUUUAUAGAUCUUCUUCCUCUAGCUAAAAAAAUUUAAAAAUUUACAAAUGUUUGUUGUUAUGUUUUGAUUAUGUUUUCAGUCAUGAUUUGAGCUUUGAAAAUGGUGGCGUGAUUUCUUUGACAAGCGAUGCAAGAAAACGUUGUCACGAACAUCAUUCUCGAUUUUGACUGGCUUUUUAUAUUGUAUGACUAUUUGAUCCCCUCGUUUCAUUUGUGUAUUUCAGUGGACUGUCUUAUAUUUUAGCCAGCCAAAUUCUCCAUUUUAGCCUGCAAAAUGUGCCACAAUGCCCAACAAAGUGAUCAUGGAAGCAUUAAACGUUUAACUGUUUUCUUUAUAUAUAGAACAAAGUAGGAAUGACUAUGUGCUGUUUCAAGCUGCUUCCACAAUUAAAGAAGCCAUCCUCCGUGAGUGGAACAUACUUGACAAGUCAGACAUUGAAUCCCUCAGAUCAUUUCUGCUAACAUUUGUUACACAUAAGCAAGAGUAAGUAGAAUACUCUCUUGUUAGUCAGCUUUCGUAAAAUGCUUUAAGGCAGAAGUUUCCCAGUUGACUCUUGUGUCCUAUACUGACAUGAAUCUCAUGUGUACUGUUAACUUCUAUCUUGCACCAACAUUAGCUCUAGAACCAGUUUGGUAUGGCAGGCUUAAAUUUGGGUGUCUUAUUUACGUAAACUGAAAGAGGUCAAUAUACACCACCAUGACUAAUUUUUGUUAUAAGAGUGAUUUCUGUAAAUUUCUGUUUUUUUAAGGAUAAAUAUCUGACAUCUCUGACUUGGAAAAAGUUGUUUGGUGAAUCUUCGUGAAAUCUUCCUCAUAAACUUCCAUCAACAAUUCCAGCAACAUGGGCUAAAAUAUAUUCAUCUGUUUAUUUUCGGUGGUAGUUGGGAGACCAGUUUAAACAUUUACCGCUAGUGUUGCCCUUUGUGAGAUAAACAAAACUAAAAAGGCAUCUAGCAAACCUCAAAUAGAAUGAAAACAUAUCUUCAGAACUUUAUGAGGACUUGAAAAUAUAUGUAAUUUGGACCAGAGGAAAAAGUCUGACAAUCUUGGCUUGACUAUAUAUGUAUAAUGGAAGUAUUACGCUACAAAAACUAGAGAUUUCUUUGUCAUACAUAACAACAAGUAAAUUCUGUGUGACAUACAUGUAUGCAAUAAAAUAGUGGAAAAUUAAUUUUACAUCUAUAGUAUGAGUACUUGUGAAAUUUGUUUUGGUCUCCCUCCUUAGCAUUCAAAAAUAUGUGAAAGAGCAAGUUCUGCAUGUUGUGGCAAUAAUUUGCAAAAGAGGCAUUUUAGAGAAUUCCCUUGCAACGCAAGAAUCAUUACUUAGAGAUGUUACCCAGCUUAUCUCAAGCAACAACAGAGAGAUGGUGAGUACCAUAAGUUACUAAAGCAUAACAAAAGGGCUUUAAAAGCUCUAGUGACUGGCUUAAAUUGCCUUCUAGUUGACACUUAGGUGGUGAAUACUGAAGCUCUGUUGGGGAAAAAUUCUGAAAAGCAAAUUGGCCUUGAAACAGCAACAAGACUAGCUGAAAUGGCUACAAAUGGCAUGAAGAUGUGUAGAAUACUGAUGUGAAUGUCGCCUUUUCCUUAAAGUGCAAAAUGUGGAUAUAUGAAAUUGAUAUCUAAGGGACAUGUUGUAGGUUAAUUAAAGUUUGUUUCUUACAUGUAGGUCAAUCUGUUUUCAACCUAGAUCAAUUUGUUCAUUAUGUUCUAUUUUAUUUUGGUUGCCAACACUUUUGUUUGUUUGGCGCAAUCCUCAUGGCCCCAUUUCUUUCCCUGGGUUCUCAAAAUGCACUGAUAUGCUCUUUUUAUUAACCACAAAAGAAACAUUUUUCCAUGGAGGGCCCUGGAUUCCCCCAAUGAAAGCGGGUAGUUGUGCCGUGAAAGACGUCCUUUUCAAUCUAAUCAGUUGCCACCUACAUGUAAUUAAUUUUUCUCCUUUUAUUUCACAUUUUCUAGAGAACCCCGAUAACAACCAUUUUUUGUCAUUUUGGAGACGUGAAAAAUGUAGUAAUGUCUAACUUUGAAGUUCCAGCAAAAUACAUUCCGUGAAACCUGUAUUAUUCAAACACCCAUGGUGCUCUCACUAUUGUCUCUUAAUAACAUUUGCUUUGUAGCAGAAAAUUUGAAAAGAAAGCAUUGAAACUUAUAAAAUUAAAAUAAAAGGACAGUUAAGGCUAAAAAAAAAGCACAAUGAAGGCACGAUCUAUGCAUCAUCAAUGGUAUUCAGUAUUGAUGCAUGUUUGUCAGCUUUGUAUGCACGAUUGCGUGAUUACAAAAUAUAAUCUUUUUUGUUAUGGCUGUGAUCACCGACACGGUGCACUUAGCCAAUUUUUUUUAUUUCAAGCCUACCCUCGAGUCGAGCAAGCUCUGUAGCUGGAAUUCGCUAGAGCUGUACAAAAUAAUGAAGGUCACGUGGCAGCAUGCUGUGAAAGCUUAGGUUAAGAGAAGGGUGGGAGAAGGGUUUAAUUAUUAAAUAUAAUAAUGUGUGUAGGGUAAAUGCAAACAAAGCGAAAGUUUAGGUUGGAGGAAGGAGGAUCACAUGUGCCUGACCCUCAUGACCUCUCAUUAUUCUCUUUGAGAAGAAGUAGAACUUACUCACAGGCUAACUGAACCCUCAAGUUAGUCCUUUAUACACGGGCAGAUUAGGAGGUGGGGCUGGGGGGGGAUGCUCCCUGCCCCCUGCCUCCUGUUUCUGUAAUAUUUUCUCUAUGUAACUGCUACUGAAACAACUUGUUAUAAUUAUUAUUCUUUUGCAGAAAAUUUUAGGUUGCCUUAUCUUGAAGGCAUUACUGAGCGAGUUUUCAUUCCUGAACCAAAGCAGUGACAUUGGUUUGAGCUGGGACUUUCAUCUUCGCUGCAAGAAAGCAUUUGAGGUAAAGGACACCUAAAAAAAAUAUUGACUCAGACAGGUUUAUAAAAUUGCAUGGUGUAAUAAAUUUGUUUAUUUCUUUUUUCCAUAAUCACAUAGAUUUUCUGUUAACUGUGCAAUAGUCUUGAAAAAAUGAAUGAUUGUAUUGUUUUAUACUUACAGAUUAAGAUCAGGAUUUUUUCCCAUUGAUUUUAGGUGCAGGCUCUGAAGCAGAUUUUUGUGCUGGUGGUACAUGGUCUGCAGCAGUUUUUGCAUACAGAAUUGAAUUUGUUAUCCAGGGAGGACAUUUCUGUUUUGGAGCGUUUGUUGUGUUUGGCUGAGCAGAUUCUGAACUGGGAUUUCUCUCGUCAUCAUAUCCUUUCAUACACACCUUUUUUCUUCGUAAAUCACUUCAAAUCUGUAACUGUUUAAAUCACCAACUGUAACAUGGCUUCAGAAGUUGGUGCCUCAUUGCUGUCAAUUAAGCAUUUGAGGUGCUAAACUUUAUUUAAUAAAAAUGUAAGUUCGAUCCCCAGUAUAUUUGCACAGAAAAAAUGUGCCUUUUUAGGCUGAUGACAAAAGCUUGUUUGUCAUCAAAACUUUAAUAAAUUAAAGAAAUGUGGUCUGCAGCAUUCAAAGAAAGUUGUGCCCGAUAUCCCAGGGCUGGUGGAUCUUGCUAUCGGGCUAGCAAAUUCUGGUCUAUAACUUGCCCGAAAGGCAAGUGUAGUUUUUUAAGAUUCUGUAAUCGAUAUCCUGCUCAUCAAAAAAUUUUCUUUGGUGUAGUUAAAAUAACUCUUGGACUAUUGAAUGCUAGCUAUAGCUUGUCCAAAUGGCAAGCUGUAAAACUGACUUCCUUUGCACCCUGGGUCUGGAGUGCUGGCACUUCAACAUUUCUAAGGUUUACCAAUGCAAUCUAAUGUAUUUUAUCUCUACCUGUAUAUAAAUCAUAACAACAUCACAGUUCUUCAUGCAACUGUUGCCUUCCGGAGUGACUACAGUAUGUGGCAUCAUCUGUAAGAAGUAGAUUUUUUCUUGACAAACACACAUUUUCAUGGUCAAAAAAGAUUCCUGUCAUCAGAGACAUCGGUCACUCAAUUCAAACCUGGAUCAGCUUGGAGAGUGCUGCUUUUUGAUCCCGCAUUAGUAGGCAUGUUUUUUAAGGUAAGAAGCUGAUCACAUAACCGAAAAGAAAGGACUUAGAGUUCUUGCAAAUUAAAAAAGAAAUUUAAAAUUGCCUUAAAAAAUUUUGCUUUCGCACAUGUUCAUCAUAGAGAAAAGUGAAAACUUGUUGUCCUGAAUUCCUAGCCCUCAAAGAUAUUGCAUUAGGAUUUUUCAUUUUGUACUUGCAGUUCUGCAGAGGACAGCAAUAAAAUGUACCAAAAAGAACAACAUAAGAUCAAAGUGGUCCUGGGUUUGAGUCCAGCUCUGGCCACUUACUGUCUUACUGUUCUUCUUUUUCCUGAGUUCAUCUCCUUGCCCAUGCUUGUAAUAGCCAACUAGUGGCCUUCCACAAGUUGGGGCUUUUAAUCCUGUUAUGUUCCACUUUGAUUUUGUUUCUAAUAAUUAUAUUUUGAGUGGAGUGCCUGUAAAAUAGCUGGAUAAGCCAAGUGCACUUCGGCUGUAAACAAACUGUUAACCUUUUUGACCUUUUUACAUAGCUUUUGUUCAUUACUUGAGGUCCCUUUUAUCUGUAGGCUUGAUUACUAGCUGCUGUUUGGGAAAUGAGCUGUAGCUCCUCCCCCGAACACUGAGAGAGUGGCAGAAAUUGAGCCUAUUUUAUCUGUAACUUGUCUUGCAUCACAAAAAUUAAUUUUUUAUCACAAAAUUUAUUGAUAAAAAGUUGUCUCAGAUAAACUUGCUUUAUCCACUAAGUGGAACCUCGAAAUAACAAACCUCUAUAAUUAUAAUGAAAUCCUCGGUUUAACAAACAAUAAAAUAAUAGUUAUUUUCUUUACCCCUGUAAUAGUGAAAUAUAUGUAAAAGAACCUUGAUAUAGCAAAACGUUGUUGUAGCGAACAAAUUUUGCAAGUUUCUUGGGACUUUGUUAUAUUGAUGUUCCACUGUAAUUGUGGUGUUUUAUAGCUUCAGGUGAAUUUGCAAGCUAACGAGGACUUAAGCCAUCACUGUGGACAGUGUUUAAUCCAGCUUGCUGCCCUUUCUGGUGGAAUAUUCCCAGAUGCAUCGUCACAAACUCAAUAUUUAUCCCACUUUGUGCAAGGAUUCUUGCAAAUUUCAAAAAAGUAAGUGCUCUUGUAGUUAGGCAUAGGUUUGAAUCUCACCGAAGAAUUUUUUGGGGGGCUUAAUUUGCAAUAAGUUUGAAAGAGUACAGAUUUCAUCACUGGUUGGUUUAAUUGUGUAAAUCUAAUUUUGCAUUGAUUCUGAUUUUGUUCUCUAGUAUUGAGAUGAAUGGUCAAGCUGCACUAGGACUAGGAAGUAUUGUAAACCGCCUCCUGUUUGUCUUUCCCUGUUCAUCAUUCAAGGCUUUACCAGCUGAUUCAUUGAAGUUGUUCAUGAAUUCCAUGACAGAUCUGACUUGCCUGUUUCUACAGGCAGUUGCUAAAGAAGAAGAGGUGUGCACUCAACUGGUUUUAUCAUUUUUACUGUUCAGAUUUUUUUUUGCAACAAAAAGAUUUUAUCAACGACUCCACAACAUUACAUAAACUUUACAAUCUGAAACUAACGUAACAACUUUACAUGUAUGGAAAACCACUUUAGAUAGAUUUUUGUUGAUCAAGCAAUAUGAAGAGCUUAAGUGGCAUUGAUUUCGGAGAGCAGUAGCUGUGAAAAUAGAGGUCAAUUUACACUGAGUUUAACCAAUAUUUUCAAAAUAAACUCACGGUACUACCAAUAUUUGUGGCGAAGAAAUUUGUUUAAUUUAUAAUUUUAACAAUUAGGCAUUUAACCAACUACAAAAGUGCAACUUUGUAUAUUGUAAGUUGCACUUCUGUAGUUGGUUACAUGGCUAAUUUUUAAAAUUAAAAAUUAAAGAAAUUUGCAAACUAAACAAACAAAAUAUUUGUCUGUAGUCUCCUUUGCGGCCUCUUGGGCCAGAGUCAUGCAAUGCACCCCUCCCCACCCCUACUUGGUAGGCUUUUGUCAGUAAUUCUGUGUAACCUAUGUUUGUACACUUAAGUCCCUUGAUUUACUUUGCACCUCCAGCUCAACUCUGAGGACACCAGCUUUAUAGAGGCAGUGGAACAAAUGCUCGAGGGUUGGGCGAGUUUAGUGGAACAUGUUAGUCAGUUACCGCCUGGUGUUUUUAAUGACAGCGCCACAAGGAUAAUAAACUGUUAUAUUCAGUGUCAUUUGGCGGCACCCAAUGGAUUACGUGGAACAUUUUUAUCGCAAACGAACAAUGGAAUUCACUUGGAUGAAAUAUGUGACCUUGAUAGUGAUGACAGAGAACUAUUUGCAGAUCAGUUGUGUACUGUUGGAAGCUUAGCACGCUUGGUUCCAAGUCAUGCAUUUGCUCUUCUCAUAAAACUAUUAGAGGAAAGAGUUAAUCAACUUGAGAAGUAUCUCACUGCUGUCAAGAAUUCAACAGGUAUGGUAAAAAAUCUUUAGGCUUUCUUCUUGCUACCCUGUACACAGAUGUUGUUUUAUUUCGUUUCGUUUUUUUCAAAACAUUGGCGUGAGAGCGAGCGCGACAUGCGAGAAUGAGCACGGAGAGUGAGAAAGAAAUUUCCUUCUUCCCCCACCCCUACUCCCUUGUGCUGGCAGUCAAUAAAUCCCCCCCCCACCAGUUAUUAUUUUUUAUCACACGCUCGACGGACUUUGAAGAGAAAAUAAAGGGUCUGUGAACAGACUAUCUUCUUGCACAGUACAGUACUAAUUUGUGCAGAUAUUUAGAUAGUAUAGUGGACUCAAUCUCUGAAGGUUGAAAGUUCAUUUCUUGUUGAUAAAUAGGUGUAAAUAAUAAGCCCAGAAGGGGAGGGACUCCCACCUAAAAGUGACGGGGUUGCUUGUCAUCUCACUUUGGGGUGUAAAUUGCAGAUUUGGGAUUUAAAGGUUGCCUAUUGACCAGAGGAUGCUUGUAAACACAAACAUAUUUCCAGUCAUUGCUUAUAUGUGUCUGCAUUUGUAGGCUAUAUUGAGUCAACUGGAAUGUCUGAUAGCCCGGGGAUAGAACAUUUUGUGAUUGGGCUUGUGACAGGACAAGAAAUUUUGUACAUGUCAUCUCUCUCCUCCUGGGUGUACAAUGGAGCAGUGCUCCAACCAUGGGGGUGUAUACAGUACCUCUCGCUUUUGCUGUAUAGGCCUCUUUGCUUGGCCUAUGUAGCUCUUGUAGCUCUUUUGUUUCCUUGCCUUACAAAUUGCUACAAGUGUAGGUGAGGAUAGGUUUACUCUAAAAAAGAUCCAGAGUGGAAAGACCAAGCUUUUUGGAUAUUAUAGUUAUACAGGAGAGUUUUGAGACUUUUUUUAUCUGUUGCACCAAGCAAGAGGUGGAAGAAGAUGAAGAAAAGUAUAAAGAACGUGUUAAAAGCCGAUGUAUGUAUUGUUGUUCACCUGCAGUUUGGUGACUGCUUAUAACUGCUUAUUGCAACAUUCCGCAAUAUUUUUCCUUUCUUCCCUUACCUGCUUUAAGAUAUUGACAAUGAUAUUGUGAAUUUAAGUUUUAUGAAAGGAGUACACUUAAGAGGGCCAUAUGGUUAUUUUGGAUUGUAGAAAUGAUGUAGAAAUAUUUUAUGUAGGAUUGUUUAUUUGGCACUAUAACACUCAAUCUUUUUAUCUGAUUAAUUUUAGCACGCUUUGAUCUUGCAAGUGCAGAUAACUUAUAUGAAGACCUUCACUGGUUACUUCUAAUUUCUGCUUAUCUUCUUGCUGAUGAAAGUAAUGGUGAGAAGCCUCUCAUUCCAAGUGAGAUUAUAUCAUAUUCAUCAAGUCUAAAGGAACAAAUUGAUAGUCAAGCCACUUUUCAUUCUCUUUGUGCAUCGCAACAUCAAAAUAUGGGUAAGUUUCGUGAUAGGCAAAUCUCUCUUUAAAUUUCAGCCUCAUUAACAUCUGCUCAACAUUCUCUGUUCAAACUAAUUCAAAAUAACAUGUCUGAAUGUUGAAAGAGCAUAGCAAUAUUAGUAAUCUCUGAGUAAAUUUGAAUCUGACAUACCAAAAUGAUAGUUUUGGGGAAACUUUUUUUUGGAAAACUUGAAAUAAACCCCUCCUCGGUUUUUUCAAGACCUAUUAGCACGGCUGGAAAGAAUGCCUUUUUAUCAAAUCGGAAUGCGACUGUCUUUUUCUUAUUACUGGAGAAUUAAGCCACUAGUUGGAUUUUACUAAUGCUAAUUAGCAAAAUCUCUUGUUUUCAUUCACUAGCAUAAGGUUCGUCAUGUGUAAAGAUUAACGUUUCACUUUGGCCUUACAAGGUUUUCUGGCAACAUUUUUUGUCACCCUUUGCGAGUGGCUUUAUAACUCUUAAAACAAUGCUAAAAAGUGUAAAAUACUUUGAGGGGGUUUGCUAUGAAUUUUUGAUACAGAUUUUACCUCUCAAUGUUUUGAUUUCCUCUUUGUUCAUUCCCCACUGCAGGAGAUUCAUAUGCAACUUUGAAUUACUCAAGAGUUGACCCAGUAGUGAGACUUGUGUCGACAAUUUUUCGCACGGCAAACAUUGAAAAACUUGCGGUGAAUGCUGGUUUAUCUGAACUUUUGAGCCCUCAAGUUGGACGGACUAUUGUCUGGUGUUUACGACACUGGGUUAAGUCUUAUUUGUUACCAGAUGAAAAGGAAUAUGAACAGCAGCUUAGUGCAAGUCUGUUGUCAGUUUUUGGUGCAGGUACAGAAGGUGGUAAAUGGACUUUAGGAUUUUUACUGGACAAAGUUAGAUCAAACCUGUCUGGAUGGUCAGCAGAGUCACAGAUUGUGGAGGACACGGCCAUGCUGCUGUUAAGCUUGGUUGAUUCUAAAAGCAGGUAGAUGCAUAUUGCUCCUCUCCUUUCACAUAAUUGUUAGUGAAGAGUGAUGUACGUGAACCUUGGCUUGCUAUUUUACAUUCUUAUGGUAUGCAAUUUAAUAGCGGAGUUCUCUCUCAUGCCCUUUUUUUAGCACCAUAGGUAUGAAAAAAUCUAUGCAUCCAAGAAAUUUUGAGUUAACUUGAUAUUGGACACCCAUUUUAUGAUCAAUUGACAGCUGUCAAAUAGGGUACCCGCUGAUUAGUGCCACAUAUUGCGCGCUCAGGUGUCUAACUGAUUGAGUUGACGUGUUUCUUAAAGUUCUUUGCAAACCAGUUAUAGUAUUCAAUUGAUCGCAGGCUCACAAAACUUAACCUGAGAAGGACAUUUUCUAAACGUUUCCGCGAGAGCUUCGCUUUUGAUCUAAAUCUAGCUAAAUCUAUAUUUUAGACAUGUAAUAGUACGUUUUGUCCUUUUUCUCUCAGAGCAGAGAUGGCCAUCUCAUUUGACAGUCUGUGGCUGUUGGCUCAGGAGCACCUGUCGACAACAGCAGUGUUACACAAGCUGGCACCUGAGGUACUGCGAUACCUUACACAGGCGCUUGUCCUGGCUGCCUCAGCUGCCGAUGAUCAAGCUGUCAGAAAGAAAUACUUGGAUCAGGUGAGUGGCUUUAACUUUGCCAAUAAAUUGUCGAAUGAGACAAGACUGUCAUCGUCAAGGUAAGGGUACAUUGCUCAAUUCCUUACCUUACAGAUGGCAAAGCCAUUACAGAAUUAGUAUAGGUAAUAGCAUGAUUUGUAGUGAUAUUUGGCAUAAAUACCACAAACGAUAUUUUGAAAUUGUUAUACAUAAUUGCGAGUGAAAUUUGAGACAGUUUUGAAAUAUCACGAGUGGUGUUUAUGCCAAAUAUCACAUACAAAUCAUGCUAUUAUUUGUUUAUAUUACUACCCACAAAAGGUUUGUAAUUUUCAGACAUAGGUAGUUCAAAUUAAGCUGAAAUACCACUGUUCUCUGUGUCUCUGAUUUCAUAGAAGGUGAAUAUUUAAGCACAAUAGUAGACAGUUCUUAGUCAUUGCUAAAUGCUAGCAAAAAUUUGUGCUUGGCACCUUUUUGUAGGAAGUGAAGGGACCUCAUUUCCAGGGGUUCCUUCUUCUCAGCAAGCUUUUCAUGGACAAAGAUGUACGAGCAUUGUAGUAAGCUGGGCUAUAAAUUUUGUAGCUACACAGUAAUUUUCAAGGAGUUAUAAUAACUCCUCUAGUGGGGUUAAUUUAACUCCUUACAGUGGAGUUAUUUUUGGGGGGAGUUAUUUUAACUCCAAAAAGGAGUUUAAAGAACUCUUUUUCAGCAGUAAAACACCCCAGAUAUUGAGGAGUUAAAAUAACUUCCAAAAAGGAGUUAUCCUUGACCUAAAAUUUCUACUCCACUUUCAGAGUUAAAGCAACUCCAGAAAGAGUAAAAACAACCCAUGUAAGGAGCAAAAUUAACCCCAUUUUCGGAGUUAAAAGAACUCUUUUUCAGGAGUAAAAAUGACCCCAAAUUUGGAGUUAAAAUAGGAGUUAGAGUAACCCCAUAAAAGGGUCAUCCUGUACCUAAAAUUUUUACUCCAUUUUUGGAGUUAUAAUAACUCCCUUAAAAUUACUGGGUAAUAAAUUUAUUGUCCGAUGCUAAUUUUAACGCCGGUUCGUGUUUGAUUUUCCCACAGAUCUUGCAUACUCUACAGUCCUACUUUUCAGGCAUCUGUCACCAGUCAAAUUUUGCCAAGUCAUCUCAAAAAGAAGGAGUAAAAAGUCAGCUACAGUCCCUUCUUGAAGCCUUCCGAGGAGCUGCUUUAGCAACAAAUUUACGCAAUGUUCAUGCAUUGUUUCAUUAUCUUAAUCCAGUGUUAAGAGACUGUGUUCAUUUACUAAAUGUCUAUCAAAACUGUCCAGAAAUGGUGGUUGUGGUUUUGGAAUUUUGUGUUGAUCUGGCCGACUCCCAGGUUGCUUUUCUGAGUAAGGUAGGUUGUGGCAUCAGGAUUCACAGAAUUAGCUUAACCCUUUCGUCCCAACAUAAGGUUCAUAUUCUCCUUUCUUGUCCCAAAUGUUAAGCAGUAUUGUAGAGAAUUUGUCCAAAUAUCCUGAGAAUUUAUCGUUUAAUUUAUGAAUUUAUCGUGAUUACUUCUUUGGUUGUCAUAAUCUCCCUGAUUGAUUGAGCAUCGAGAUUGCGAGGAAAAAUUUGAUUUUAAUCCCUCUGCCUAAAGGGGGUAUGGCAGGUGGGUUAGGGUUAGGUGGGCAUUGUUCAAGACAGUCGAAUGUAAGUUACCGUUGUCUGGUUAGCACCGCCGCCUGAGUAGCUCAGUUGGGAGAGUGCCGGUCUGCUGAGCGGGAAGUAGCGGGUUCGAACCCUAGCCGGACCAACACUCAGUGUCUUUAAAUAACUGAGAAGAAAGUGCUGCCUUUGUAAUGGCGUCUGCAAAUGGUUAGACUUUCUAGUCUUCUCACAUAAGGACGAAAAACGGUAAAUUCCGUCUCACAGCACUUACACUUACCUGGUUCUUGUGGGACGUAAAAGAACCCACACCAUUGUUCAAAAAUAGUAGGGGACGUAGACUCGGUUGGUGUGGCCAACUUUCAGGCGUCGUUCACAUUAUUGGUUGAGUGGGCACAGUAAGCGAAUAAAUGAAAAGCAGCUGCUAGAGGCGCCCAUGUAUGCUGACGUCCGAGCUUACUGUUAACGUGUUGAUAUACAUUGUUAAGAGGGCUCAUCUGUUGUCCUCUCAUCCACGACUCCUUCCUCCUUCUUAAGUAAGCUGACCCAGUUGCUGAGGUAACCAUGGCUACUUCACCAUGGGUGGACACCUUCUCUUUGACGGCACCUUUACUCAUUGGGGAAGCCAUGACUCAAGCAUAGAGACUUACGGUUCCAGCUAGUAACCAUGAGGUGGGAGGAAGGGGUAAAAGGCAAAACCGAGCAAAAAACGUUGCAACCACCAGAAGCAGAAGAGCAAGGAGCAAUGCGCAUGCUCGUAUUGGGAAUCCGCAGACCCUUCUGAAAUAUCCCUGUCCUAGCUAACUAAGCGUGAUUGUAAAUGACUUUAUUUAACUUGUUAAAUUUGGUUUCGUGCUCCUAAAAGUAACGGUCAGGUGAAACUUGCUUUGAUCCGACGUACGCAUGGGGCUUUGUACAUCAGACGUGAUCCACACGUAAACAUUGGGCAAUCUGAGAAAUCCAUGUGUUUUUAUUACAUGACAUCAGACACCUACAUAGACAAAACAGAGUGUUUGAACAAACUUAUAAAGAAAUAAAGUUGAUGUUAGUUUAUCAGUGGUUGUUUUUUCUUUUAGAAUGAGGCAGCGAAACUCUAUGAAGCUUGCAUGGCACUUGUGCAAACUUAUGGAAAAUGUAAUCUAGGUAAGUUUCAAGAUGUAAUUCAAAGUUUUGGGAAGAUUUUUAAGAACCUCACCUUACCCUAUACUCACACUAGUAAGUAAAGUGUGUUUACACUACACCGAAUAGUUUUUCGAGCCGACGUCAUAAAAAUGAAAUUUCUAUUCAGUAUUCUGGAUAUUCUGAAAGAACAAUGUCCCUAUCCGAAAUUUUUUUGGGUCGAUGUGACUCUGCUACGAUCUCAGAUCUCCCGUAAUGCUAAUUUUUGGGUAGUACUCUAUAGUAUCUGUACUAAUAACCAGAUUGUCAUAGGUUCGACUUCUGUUGACGCUACUCGGAUCUUUUAUUCCCAGCUGCCUGUGUCACUGACUGAAAAAUCAUCUUUCUCAAGGUGUGAAUUGGUUGUCUUGUUUCAGGGAAAGUCAGCGGGGAGGCCCUUACAGAAGAGGAACAGUUAAACGAUCUUCUUUUGUUGAUAAAACUCCUUGCGAGUGUGCUGUCGAAGGACUUCCUUGAUUUUAGCACAGGUAGGUUAACACGGAUUGUGGGUAGCCUGUGGUGGAAUGUACCCUCGUCUUUACUCAGUUGACUAAUACAACCUUGUAAAUUCAGUUCGUUUUCCUGGCUUUUGAAAAAUAACUUUUUGUGAUGAUUUUCAAUUAAUUUGUAGAUCAAGAGAAAAUCCAUGUGUCAGCGGCUGAUUUGGCACUUUAUGGUCUUCAUGUUAUUAUACCGCUUAUAUCGUCAGAUGUUUUAAUGGUAAGUGUACUUCUUUAGUCUCCACAAUGUGGUGACUGUAAUCGGAAUGUUUGUACAAGUUUAAAUUAGUCUAAACCCAAAGCAAACAGGGGAAUCCUUUUGCGCAGAGAUCUCUUUUUUUUUUUUUUUAUUUCACUUCGAUCGCGUUCAAGAAUGGAGAAAAUUUAUGACUUUUAAUUUUUUUGCCCACGUAGCAUUCGUUUAAACAAGUCCGCGCGUUCCAUAUCGAAAAUUGCAUUUUGGAAGCGUUGGUUUUUAAGAAGAGCGGAAAACCGGAGUUCCCGCCGAGAAAAACCUCUCGGAGCAAAGGAAAGGACAAACAACUACCAUAAAAUUCCGAAAAUAAGCCCCGGGGCUUAUAUUUUUCAAAGGCCUUUUUUGAGGGGCUUAUUUUUGGAGGGGCUUAUAUUCGGAGGGGCUUAUUUACGGAGGGAAAUUUACGUUUCAAAAUCGAUUAGGCUAGCCUUAUUUACUGUUUUUGCUUAUUUGAGGGCAAUUUUCCAAGUGCAAGCCCCCGGGGGGCUUAUAUUUGGAGAGGCGAUUUAACGGCGGUUUUUUUUCGUUACCGGUUUGGGGGGCUUAUAUUUGGAUGGGCUUAUACAUGGAGGGGCUUAUUUCCGGAAUUUUACGGUAACUCAACCUACAUAUGACGUUGACGCCAGGAUUUGAACCCUCGCCACCCUUGCCCUCCUAAACAUAUUCUUAACUUGAAUUUCGUGUGGCUUUUUCCGGAGAAAAAGGCACUCACUAUUCACGUGCUUCUAGAAUGACUUUCAUUCUGGAACGAGUUUAUUCCAACUCCAUGUAUUUCUCUGUAUUUUUUACAUGAUGCUGAAACGACAUUGAAAUUUCUUUCUGGUAUUACGAACUUCGUUCCCAUCGCAAAUCGUGUAGUGUGGCGCAUGCGUAUCAGAUCUCUCGCGAAAACCGCGCUAGCGCCUGACCACACCUCAGGCCAAGCCGUUAUCAUGUGAAUGCAGCACUAACUUGACUCUGGAACGAAACUCACAUACGGAAUGAAAGUCAUUCCGGUAUCAUAUAAACACCCCCUAAAUCAAGCUAAGUUAAAUCCUAAUUGUGCGCCUUGUGCUUUAAAGAGUAGCUUUAGGUUGGGGUAUAUCCGGGAAGGUGGGAAGAGGGGCUUGUAAUUUGAGUAAAACGUCUCGAGGCAAACUGAUAACAACACGUGCUUUAUUUCAACGUGCUGUAACAAGUAAUGUUUUUCUAUUCUUAGUUUCCAGUGGUUUGUUCAGAGUUCUUCAAACUGACGACAAACGUUUGUGAUAUGUACCCUGAAAAGAUGUGCCUUCUUCCAGAAGCUCUGUUUAAAAGCUUGAUGGCUUCACUCGAAAUGGGACUGGCAAAGUAUCCUUUGUAAAAUUACCAAGAUAGUACGCGCUUUCUGAUUGGCCGAGAGGCGUGUUUGCAUGAGAUCGUGGAGGCAUUAUGAGAGUAUGUAAGCAUGGUUGUGACGUCAAGAUAUUUUGCUUUUCGCGCGCUAAUCACGCAACCACGAAUUUGAAAAGGUUUUUGAGUUGAAAACUCGACAAGUGUACUUUAUUUACCCAUUCCCUCGUCAGCUGAAACUUGGAAAAUCUUUACAAAACAUUUUUCGAGGGGUUGGGAGAAUUCUUGAUAGUUAUGCAAAACGUUUUCUGUUGUUGGAGGUCAAACACACGAAGUUAACCGAUUAAUUCUUUGGCUUGUAUUUCACAACACCUGUUCCCAUAAGGCCAAAGUUUGGAUUGUUUGAUCAUGGCCGUUUUAUCAGCCCAUACUCAUAAACUUUGCGUUAUCUGCUGCUACGACCUUUUCUUUAGCCGUCCUUGGCUAUUUGGAGGCAGGCUAGGGGAGUAACUGCCCUUGCUAUAACCCCCUUUUUUUCUUUCACUUCAGGAGACAUAGGGAGCUUUCUAUUCUGCGCAAAAUCCCGGAAAUUUGGGUUCGAAAUCAAAUGGAACGCACCAUUUUGGUUAGGUCCGACUGGAGUAUUUGGGACACCUUUUGAACGUGGUCCACAGAGGUGAUCGAUCGGAUCGAAAUGUCCCUAUCCAUUUGACAAAAUUGUUGCCCCCAGUGCCGCUCUUCCGCAAAUAACCAAACCCGCGGUGGCUUGGGUCGGGUCUGUGCAACCGGAUUGUACCGUUCCAUUGGGCACGUGGAAUUUCAGAAAUUUUAAACCGGAAUUUUUCUUGAAUAGAAAGCUCCCACAGUGUUUAUAAACAUACAAAGCAAUUUGAAAAAUUAAAUAGCGAAUUAUAUACAUGUGGAGUGAGCCUGAAGAUAUCCUUUUUGGAUUGAAGGUAAAAUGUUACAGCGUACCUUGUUUGCACGCCGUAUGUUGUCCCCAGGAUUCACUAUCGCUCUAAGACAAAAAUUGCAAAGAAGAACAAGGAGGGGCGCCUAGGAACGAAACAGUCGCUUGCCAACUCCAUUUGCAGUUUUUAAAAAAUCCUAAGCAGAUCUUUACCUUGACUGGUACUAUAGUUACGAUCCCGACGUCACUAAAAUGUCCCUAGAGGCGUUAUCGUCAUUAGCAACGCAUUGUUUCCUUGAAAUACAGAAAAACGUCAAAGUUCCCACUCACGAGAUUUUACAGCAUUUCUUGAAGGUACGAGGUUUAUUCGAAUGGUAGAAUUGUCUCAGUUGUCAUAUAAUUCAUUAAUAUAAAUAGAAGAAAUUGAAAACAGGUGAAUAUGGUUGAUAUUUUUUGGGGUUUUACCACCCCAGCGCGACCCAAAACUUCCUGCUUUUCUUGUGCCUAAUCUCCUCUCGUCCUCAUUUCGAGUAAGCACGACAAAUGUGGCAAUUUUUACGCUGAUUUUGCUGUCAUUUUAUGACUUGGUAGCAGUUGGCAUUUUCCCUCCAUUGGCGCAAGUCACAUGUAUUAGCUCCGAGUUGUGAUUGGCUAGGAUUGUUUGCUGCUAUAGUGAUUGGCCAAGGCCCUUAUAUUGGUUGGCGGGCUCACAGUUGUGAGCUCAAUGCCUUGGCCUUUGGAUGGAAGUAAGGCUGGAGGUUGCCUGUUAUGGUACAAACCUUCCUGUUUUUCGCAUGUAAAUUGUGAUGUUCACGGUCUUAUUAGCAUGAGAAUAACAUGAUAUCCACUUGAACUACAGGAAGGUUUGUAAGAUAACAACUUCACCUCCAGCCUCGCUUCUAAUAAAAGGGCAGUGCCCUGAGCAAACAACUUUAAAAUACUACGAAAUGGCCUAUUGGGCAUAUUUAGCCCCCCACCCCCUUCCCCCCCAAAACAAAACAAAACAAAAAGGCGUCGGCAGUAAAGAAGACGCGCGCAAAUUGACCAAUGACAGAGCGGCAAAUUGGGCACCGGAAGUCGCGUUUAGUACGUUACUCGCGCGAUCCCGUCGUCAAAUGACGUUCCAGUUCUGUUGCUAAAUCACUCUAUUAAUUGGAUACAGCAUAUCAGAGUAUUUGCCACGUGUUUCAAUAAAUAUCUGGUUGUUUUGUUUCAGACUCUGUUUGACAUGCUGCUUUUCCAGUCGUUUAACAUGGAUCUACUUCAACCAGCAGCGGAAGCUUUCCUUGCCUUGAUUUGCUGUCACCAGGUGAUAACUUUUUUUUUAUUUUGUAAAUGUAAUUAUCCUCUCCCCUUAAUGGGGCUUUUCAGGGCUUCUUGUGCUUGUGACCCCCUUACUCUCCUUAUCAGAGCUAGUAAUACGAGACCAUGCUCAAAAUUUGAAGGAACAACUUUGAAUGGAGGGGAGGGAGGAAGGAGGUGAGCGUUUUAUCUCACAGAUGUGUGACCAGCAGCGAAGUAAAAACGGCCGGUUUUCAGCGGAGUGUCUUAACGUUUCUUGACAUUUCUGGUUGUAGCGAACGUAAGAAUCGUAUGUUAAAAUCGCACCACAUCAAGGAAUCUUUUUUUCAUUUUAGAUGUAUUACACGCAGUUAGUUCGCAACCUUCUUGCGCAGCAGACGGACCAGGUUGUAUGUCAGCGUCUUUUGGAUGCCUUUAAUCAACUGACUCCAAGCGACAUGAAGUUAUCUUUGGACAGAGUCAACAAAACGCAAUUCAGGAAAAGUCUAGACGUGUUUCUUGGAAGUGUCAAGGGAUUUCUGUGUGUCAAGUGACACCAACAGUGAAAAUGGCGAAGAACCAAAGAUUCAGCUACAAAACAAAGUUGACUAGCUGUUGUGGACGGAAACGUAUAUCUUCCUUUUGAUACCGAGUAUAGACUGGGCACUAGAGCUAGCGGGAUUUCGCCGGUGGAAAGAGUGAAAACUAAGGAUUGCAUCUCGUCAAGAAAGCGUUUUCUUCUUCCUUGGUGAGACGUUCCUGUUCUUGGGAGAAGCGGAAGAGAAGAAUUAUGCGUUAAAAUAUGUCUAUCUCUAAGGCAUGAGAUGAAAUACGCAAUGGAAUAUACUAUAGUUGUCGCUAAGGUUCCGGUAUGCCCGGUAAAACGUGCUGUUCAUUUAGCGAAUAGCCUUGUUUUAUGAAAACAAUAACAGAGACCAGAUUAGUUUUGCUAUCACUGAGUUGAAAGUCUAAUACUACUCACGCUAUUCCCUGUGUCUAGUAGCAUGUACAGCUGUGACAUUGAAAGCUGUUUUCCUUGUAAGUUAUCGUUGACUUAAACAUAGUCACUAUGAAUAGUAUUCAGUUAUAGCAUGUAGUGUCGCCCUCAGCAGACUCCUAUUUGUGUCCCACCAUGCAAAGACUGUAAAACGCACGAAUAUCACAUUCUAAAACGAGCACGAGAUUUUCUCAAUACUAAUAGUGCUCGCGCGUGAACUAGCGUCAUUUUGGAAGGAAAACACGACAGCCAUAAUCAUUUUACUGCGAGUUGUAGAAUAUAGUUGUGGCGGGAACAAGUAAAAAUAACCGUGCUAACUUUUCUUGAGAAAAUCUAAAGGUCUCUAUUGAGGAAAAGGAAAAAGGAAAUAAGUUGCGAUCGAUGGGACGGGCAGCUUGUUGUCGUUUCCCGCUCUUUUACUCAUCCCAUCGUUCCCCGCGCGUUCACUUUCCAUUUACUGUAAGGAGAGAGACCCUAGCCUAGCCUAGUCCCCAGGCGUUCUUGGCUCGGUCAAUCCUGGACUCUAUCGUGAGCUGUGACGUCACUGAGAGAGAUUCGCCCGCCCUUUUCCAGACUUCGCGCGUACAACGGGGCAAGAGAGAACACCCAAGGACUAGGCUGAGAGAGACCUUGUUCAGUCCUUAAGUUGAGUUGUUUAGCAACCUCGUUCCCAGGUUCUUCUCCUUAUCUGCCCCUCUAUCCGUUUUUUCCUGAGGGUGAGGGACUAGUAAGAGAGGACCCUAGGAACGAGGUAAGUUGUUUAGCUUCUACCUUCGCCAAAGCGAAUUACCUUGAUUCGUUUGAAAACAAGCCCUUAUUUUUAUAUACACGAAGAGUUCAUUUUUUUUUAACACUAGCAUUUCACCUUCAAUUUUACGGCAGGAUGAUUGGUUCUUAAAUGUAGUGAACGGUGGCAACGAAAUACAAUUCAGCCUUGAUGGCUCUUAAUAUGUUCCCUGAAGUGGCCGCACACUGCAUGCGUACUGUUCUAAAAGUAUUUUAA